GUGUCUGCGGCAGCCAUCUUUGUUGAUGUGUCAGCUUUCAGACCUUUCUUAGGGGCUGCUUCAGGAACAACUGGAGGACAAGGACCCUCCCCCAGCUCUCCGGUACUCUCCAUACUAAUAAGCGAUGGGAGCGCUGCUGCGGUUGCGACUGAUACUCUGGUUUCCAGUUUCCUAGCAAACUGAUCCUUGGAAGGAUGGAUGAGUACUUACCAGAAGAGCAAAAUUCUCUGGGGACGGCCAACCUUUCAAGGGCUGAGAGUGAAUCCUUCAGCUCAUCAUCUGUUGAGGAAGCUGGCAAAAAACUGGAAAUUGGGGAUAGUCUACACACUGCAUGCACUGGAGAUGAAAAAAGCACUUUCAAUACAGAAAGCAAAGAGUUGGAUCCCACUUCAUCAGCUACUGAUCCCAGUUCACCAGCUACCAAAGCAAGUGGGGAUGGAGACUUAAUUGAAACACAACUUACACCAGAUUUUCAUGGAAAUUCUUGUGCAAAAUUGUUUGAAAUACAAACAAAUGCAUCCACAAGAAACAAUAGCUUACCUGGUGGAGACAGUGAACAGCAGGUUUUGAGAACAAAUAAUGCAAAUCAGUCCCUGGCAGACUUAUUGGAGGAUCAUAUGAAGAGGCCUUUUGGGGACUGUUCAGAAAGUCCAUAUGACACAGAUUGUACUAAAAACCUUAUCUCAACAAUACAGAACACUUCCUCUCAGGAGGCUUUACUAGAAGAAAUAGAAUCUGAGCUCCUGUCAACAGAUCUCCUGAAAGAUCAUAAACUUUCAAAUGGCAUUUGCAAGAGUGAGGCUACAUUGGCUGUAUUUGAAAAAUGCAUGCAAGACAAAUACCUGCAGCAAGAACACACAAUAAAGAAAUUGAUUAAAGAAAACAAAAAGCACCAGGAACUAAUUUUGGACAUUUGUUCAGAAAAGGACAACUUAAGAGAUGAGCUGAAAAAAAGAACAGAAACAGAAAAACAGCAUCUCAACAUUAUCAAGCAGUUAGAGGCCAGAAUAGAGGAUCUACAAAAAGAAGUUAAAGCUGCUAAGGAUAAACUUCUUUCCCAAGAUGCUGCUGCAAAAAAUGCUAUACAGCAACUACACAAAGAGAUGGCUUUUCGUACAGACCAGGCAAAUAAGAAAUGUGAAGAAGCGCGCCAAGAAAAGGAAGCUAUGGUAAUGAAGUACGUUAGAGGAGAAAAGGAGUCGCUAGACCUCCGAAAGGAAAAGGAAGCACUAGAAAGAAAAUUGAGGGAUGCAAAUAAAGAAAUAGAGAAGCACACUAACAAAAUAAAGCAGCUUUCUCAGGAAAAAGCACGCAUUCAUCAGCUCUUUGAAGCUAAGGAAGGUGAGGCUACCAGAAUGUCAAAAGAAAUUGAAAAAUUGAAGGAAGAAAUCAACUCUCAUGUGAUCAAAGUGAAAUGGGCUCAAAACAAAUUGAAAGCUGAAAUGGAUUUACAUAAGGACACCAAAGAUCGGCUUAAAGAGGCAACAGUGAAGUUGACUCAAGCAAAAGAGGAAGCUGACCAGGUCCGAAAGAACUGCCAAGAAAUAAUAAAAACGUACCAAGAAUCUGAAGAAAUUAAGUCCAAUGAAUUGGAUGUAAAACUCCGACUUACAAAAGGAGAACUGGAAAAACACCUGCAGGAAAGGUCUGAUCAUCUGGAGAUACAUCAAGCAAAAAUAAAAGAACUUGAAGAUGUGAAGCGAACAUUUAAGGAAGGCAUGGAUGAGCUGCGAACCCUAAGGACAAAGGCCAAAUGCCUAGAGGAUGAACGAUUGAGAACAGAAGAUGAAUUAUCAAAAUACAGAGAAAUUAUUAAUCGCCAGAAGGCUGAGAUUCAGAAUCUGCUGGACAGAAUAAAAAUCAUAGAUCACCUACAGGAGCAGCAUCAGAGAGAUGAACAGGAGAUGAAGUCUUUGAAGGAGGAAGUGGAUGGUCUGAACACCCUGCUUAGUGACUUCCAGAAGGACAUUGAUGGCAGCCGGAAAAGAGAAUCUGAGUUAUUGGUCUUCACUGAAAAACUGACCACUAAAAAUGCCCAACUACAGUCUGAAACCAACUCCUUGCAGGUGCAACUUGAUAAACUCACCUACAGUGAAAGAGAGUCACAGAAUCAGUUGGAAUUGGUCAGACAAGCAAGAGAUGAGCUGGCAAGUAAACUACAGAAGGAAGAAGAGCUUCACAGAAAGGAUAUUCAGGUGCUUGAAGCAGAAUUGGUAUCUCAGCAGAAAGCCUUUGCAGACCUAAACACCCAGGCAGAUGAAUUAAAAGAUGAAUUGGUUACUCAGAAAAGAAAACAUGCAGCAAAUCUUAAAGACCUCACCAAGCAACUUCAGCAAGCACGAAGAAAAUUGGAUCAACUUGAAAAUGGCAGCUAUGAUAAAGAAGUCAGCAGCAUGGGGAGUCGCUCUAGCUCAUCUGGAUCUCUUAAUGCGCGAAGUAGCAAUGAAGACCGCUCACCAGAAAACAGUGGCUCUUCUGUCACUGUUGAUCAUUUCCCUGAAGUGGACAAAACCAUCUUGAUUGAAAGAAUAGUAAGGCUACAGAAAGCACAUGCUCGGAAGAAUGAAAAGAUGGAGUUCAUGGAGGAUCAUAUCAAACAACUGGUGGAUGAAAUCAGGAAAAAAACAAAAAUAAUUCAGAGUUACAUUUUGAGAGAAGAAGCUGGCACGCUGUCAUCUGAAGCCUCUGACUUCAACAAAGUGCAUUUAAGUAGACGCGGUGGGAUCAUGGCCUCGCUCUACACCUCACACCCCGCAGACAGUGGGCUCACCUUAGAACUGUCUCUGGAGAUCAACAGGAAGCUUCAGGCAGUGCUGGAGGAUACCUUAUUGAAGAACAUUACUCUGAAGGAAAAUCUGCAAACACUAGGAACAGAAAUAGAACGACUAAUUAAGCAGCAGCAUGAACUGGAACAGAGGCUGAAGAAAACAUAACUGAUUGCAAGACCAAGAUGGCAGAAAGCACAGGUGCUCCAAACCAACGUCUGCUGUCAAUCCUAUAAAACUUUAACAAAGUAAAGUGAAUGCUUGCAGAACCCAGGACUUGCCUUGUCUGAAGCAUCAGACACACCAAACUUUUCUGUACAUUAUAUUCAGCCAUAUUGUUUUUCAUUCAAACAAGAUAUCAUGAUUUACAACAUUAAUUGAGAGAGGUUGCAGCAUUCUCAGCUUUGUGCAAUUAAAAUGCCAAUUUAAUGAAGAAGCUUGAAAGGAGAAUAGACACCCGGGGUGUAUUUUUUAUUAUUAUUAUUAUUAUCUCCAGGAGUAGGGAAGAAGAGGGUUGACUCUUGGCCAUAUUCCAUUUAUCAUCAUCUACAGUAUAAACAUGUUCCCAGCAACAUAAAGACAUUCUUGGAUUUGUUUAAAUAGGUGGUUUUAUUUCUAACAUGCAUUGGAAAAGGGCUGUAUGUUAAAUGGUUUUAUUUAAAUAUACCAUCCCUGUGACAUGAUCAUGCAUAUUUUAUCAAUCAGAGGAGAGAGAGAGCUGUUUAAAAUCCCUGCUUACUCUUCAGAUAUUAGAUUAUUUUAACUAAACAAAAUAAAUUGAUCAAGAAAUUUAUACUGUGGUUAUUUGACAUAAGCUGUUGAAACUAUUCUUGGACCUUUGAGAAUCACUAACACAGUAUGAAGUUGAGAAAUGUAAUAAUUUUGCACCCUGGAAAUAGAUUUGCUAAAUGGAAACAGAAAUAAAAAUUGCACAAGUUUAUCACAAUACAAACCUGUGGAAAAAGUAGUAACAUAUUGCAUAUCUGUGUAAGUAGUGAUGCUGUAAUCCAACAUGGUUGGAUGAAGGAAAGAGGGCAUUUGUAUGAGCACUUAAGUCUCUGACUUCAUUUUCUCAUGCUACCAAAAAAUAGGACUCCAAUUACUUUGUUCCUGCUCUUUGCAGUGUAGACAGGAAAAACUAUCCAAUUGCUGCAGUUUAUGUGAAUAAUUUUAGAACUAGAACCAGCAAGGCAUCAAAAAUUAAUUAGCCUGCAAGAAUUCUUGCUGAUUGACAGGAUAUAAUGUGUAUAGUGGUUAGUGUUGGAUUGGGACUUGUGAGACCCAGGUUAUAAUCCCCACUUGGCCAUGAAGCUCACUGGGUGACUUUGGGCCAGUCACUCACUCUCAGCCUAAGCCUGCCUUGCUGUGAGGACAACCCUGAGAGGAGCAGGAAGAGUACGCAAGUCAUCCUGGGUUCCUUGCAAUAGGAAGGAGACAGAAUAUAAAUAAAACAAGUAUAAUGUAUAAUAGAAAUAUAUAAAAUACAAUAAAUAAAAGGAAUUCAUAAAGCUUUCUCUUGUUGGAAACAAGAAAGGAAGAUGAGUAGGCACAAGUUUUAGCCUUGCCUCUUUGCCUUGCUUUGACAAGUACCAGCAUGUCUCUGUGUUUCCAAGCAGCAGCAGAGCAAUAGGAAACAGCUCCAGUUUCUUCUGCUUAAAUGUCUGUCUUCACGUUCCUUUUCCUGGAGGGAACAGCACAUGUUCAGGUUUGUACUUGCCCUGGUAUGAGGAAGGUUAGGCAAAGUCUUGUCUUUCUCCCCUCCACCUCCCUUUUCAGGAAGUUGGAGAUUCAAGUGAAUGCAUUAUUGUAAGUAGUUUUUUGUUGUUAUAUAAAUAGACACUGUGCAAAAGCACUCUGCAGAAAAAUGUAAAUAAUUUGUGACUAUUUUUAACAUUAUACUAAUCAAAUGGCUAUUCAACAUUUUUCCACAUGCCUUUCAAUUCUGAUCAACAUUCCUCUCUCUAUUGCAUUUCCCCACGCACGCACGCACGCACGCACGCACACCCAGGACCCACUUCUCUUGUGCAGGGAACAAAGUCAAUGUCAGGUUACAGUAUUUGGUUGAUUGUUUAUUCAAAAAAACAGUUGAAUUGUUUACAUAGAUGUGUGUGGUUCCAUUCUUCUUCUCAAGGGUAUAGACUUAGUCAUACCCAGAACUAAGUUUUUGGGAGGAAAACUAAACAGAUUCAUUGUAUAAAUAUGUAUAUAAUGCUAGAGGUUGUAUUUUUUUAAAAGCCGUCAUCCAUUUCAUAUUUUUCUGAAAGUGUGAUACAUGUGUGCAAUAGUAACAUGAAAGUAAGCAAAACAUGUUUGCCUUCCAGUUCAUAACAUUAAACUGCACACUCACAUUAUCUAUACAUUUUGGGUGGCAGGGAGAGAACACUCCAAAGUGAACACUCCACAUGAUGAACGUCAGCUGCAAUGCCAUACUCACCUUAGUAGACACUAAGUAGAUCUUAGUAGAUACUUAGACACUUGCACUCUUAGAAAUUGUCCCCAAAUUUUGUUUGAACUUACUGAAUAUAAAUUAGAACUGGGAUGAUUGAAACUAGAUGGGCAUGCAAUUUUAAAUUCAAGUGCAUCAUCCAAGUUAAUACUGCAAAACUAGUAUUAAUGAUCAGAAGUUAUUGCAUGUCAAAUUGUAAAAAAAAGCAUUUGUUGAUAUUGUACGGUAAGAUGGUGUUUAUUUUCAGAGCAGUGUAUCAUUGAACACCAUAAAUUUAGCCUAUUAAGCAGGAUCAUGUUUAAAAAGUGUUAUGUUUGUCUUGGCCCUGAGGCUGGGUUAAAUGCACUCAGAACUUCCUGGGUUGAACUACCUUUUCUCCUUUCUUGAGAACUGGUCCAACAGAAAUAAGAGCUUGCCUUUUAAAAUAUUUAGAUUAUUAUAUUGAGGGGGGAAAUAGCCAAUAGUUCAACAAAAUCAUCACUCUAAGGAGCCUUUGAUAUACCCUAUUUUUCUUAACGAUAUGAAUAAACCCAGAGUGUGUCAGCUUUAUGUUUGCACACUAGCAUGCAAACUUGUGGCUAGCUAGUGAUGCAAAGCAGCUUUCACGUGCAGAACUGGACUUUGAACAUAUCACCACAACGCUGCCUGUUUGCAGUGGCAUGCAAACAUAUUUUGCAUGAGGCACUCAACUCAGAAUGCUAAACACAAGAUAGGCAUUUGCAUGAGCAAAUUUUUAGUGGCUACCAUGUGCUCUUGUUGUUGAGAGAACAAUGUUAAAUGCAAAUGGAGGAGGAUAAUGUAAUUCUUCAGUCUGACUGUGAUCAUUCUUUUAAGAAGUAUAUUCCUGUAUUUAACCUAGAUCAGACAUAUGCAUCUCAGGUUAAUAAGCCAAGAUUUGUACAAACCUUGAGCUUGUGCACUGCAUCCUCAUCCCAUUUCAUCACUUCUAGGCAUAUCAAGAUAACCUAGGGAGUCUUCCAUUAACUAUAAUUUCCUGCAAUAGCUGAACAAGAGAACUGCUUACUGAGGUCAGAACAAACCAGGAUCUUAAAAUGCAUAUAAAUAAGGUAGAGUUUGGGUUAAGAUCCUUGCUUGUUCUGAACCUGGUAACCGUUCUGUUUCAGAAUUGCAUUAACAGGAAACCAUGGCUGAUAUAAAACUUCCUAGAUUAAACUCUGCCAAAAAGGGGAGGAGUGGCACAAAGUCUGAGCAUGCAGGUGAAUUAAUUGUCUUGCCAUUAAUUAAGCUGAGAUUUGUACAUCCAAAGCAACCAAAUUGUGUGUGUGAGAGAGAGGAAAAAGAGAAUAUGGAAAGUACAGAAGUAAGGCAUGUCAUGCGUCUUUAACAGGAAAACCUAAUGUAGGCUGGCAUUUUUCCAUGUAAAAGAAUAACUCUGGCACUUACCUAUAUGUGUUUAUUCAUUGUUGUAUGUUGAUAACUUAAGAAAGGUCCAGGCAUCAAAAAUGCAGAAAAACUUGACAUUACCAAUGGCCUGAUUCUGGAAGAAAGUUUUGCUUUGUACAGUAGCACAGAAAUACAGGUGAUGGUAAUUCAUAUUGCUUUUCUUGUGAAAAGUGGGGUAAAGAAAAAAGCAUUGUGGAGAUAGGAAAACAUGCAAUUGUCCUGUGUAUGUGUUCAAAUAAAUAUUUGUAGCAGCUUAAACACAACUCUCUGUUAAAGAUUGUCUUGCUAUUUUGGCUCUUUCUGUAUGUUCCAACAGUUUGGGAAAGGUUUUGUUAUAGGCCUAGCAAAGUGUUUUCUGAUAGAAAUAUUGCAGUAUCUGUUUCAUCUUUCAGUGUGAGCCAUUUGGAGGCCAUUCAAUGUGAUAGUACCUUUACUAUUUUUUCAUACAUGCAAUCUGAAGGUCCAGAGGGUAGCUACUUAAUAGUGAGAAUUAUGACUAGAGGUGCUUCCAAAUGAGGCUGUAAUUUUGCAAUCACCCUGCCAUAUUUGUGAAAAUUUUCCAAAAAGUCCAGACAAUGUUUUCCAGUGGUAACCUUCCCCUGUCUUCAUACUAGCUGGCAUUGUUCUUACCAAAGCAAAAUGAUUAAGGAGAGAAGGAUGGAAUAGCUGCACAAUGCCUUCUCACCGAUAGCGCUAGGAGCUGCUCUUCCAGAAGCACCCUAAUUCUCCUGCUUUUUUGAUUUUAUGGUAAAUACAACCUGCCGGAGAAAGGAGUGGUAGAUUUAGAUUGGAACACUGGAGUGUUAGAAAAAGGGAUUAACCUUUUCCCCAUGCUAUAUUCUUCCACAGUUUCUUCUAGGUUGAAAUCUCUCUCUCUCUCUCUCUCUCUCUCUCUCUCUCUCUCUCUCUCUCUCUGUGUGUGUGUGUGUGUGUGUGUGAGAGAGAGAGAGAGAGAGAAACUCAUGCUAACUCAACUGCCAAAAUAGGUGGGAGAUUGAAUCAUUAAUAGCAUGAACAGUUAUUGCAGUACAUGACAGAGCAUCUUUCUGGCCAAAAUUGUGUAUAAAACAUUCGGUGAACGAGAACAGUACAUUGUAUGAGAAUAAUAAUAUGAAAAGUGGUAUCUAAAUUUCUUUCAGUUGAUUCUGAAAUAGUGCCCUGAGCGUUGCAACAAUCCAAAAAUGUUUUACUGCCCUGUGUGUAUCCCAGCAAUUCAGUUAUGUGCAUACACUAUAGACUAACACUAAUAAACUUCUCAGCCAGUAUUCUUCAUCAUGAUAAUUCAAGUUUUGUGCCAAGAAAAGUUAAUUCUGCAAUCUUCAUAAAAGGCAUUUUUUCCCAACAUAACUUACUACACUUUUGUUAGCUUUGGACAGGGACCAUAGUUCUUUGCCUCCCCAGUGACUAACAAACAUAUGGCAUGUUAGAAGUACUUGUUUUGUAGAACUUCAAAUACCAUAUCCGAUGCUAAUCAGCACCUUUCAAGCCGUAAUAUCUGGAGACUUGCUUUCAGAGUACUGAUGUGAAAGCAGAGAUUCCCAAGAGACUGAAUUCUGCCCCAGUACCAAAUUCUCUUUUUCUGGGUUUCCACCAAGUUGUGGAGUAUGAACAGUUCUGCCAACAUGCUAGUGCUUACAUCUGUAUUUAGGGCUAGGCUGAUUGUCAUCUGAGGGUUCCGUUCACUAUGGUGAUGCAUAAGGGAAGAAUACUGGCCGGCCCUAAAAACACUGACUUGUAUAUGCCUGUUUGGGCACAGAUCACAGAAUUUCAAGGAGUGUAUAAAUGAAGGCUUAUUCACAUAUAUGUAUACAUCACUUGAUUUCUCAUUUGCUUACACUUACUUGAAUGACCACAUUACAAGUAUUCUGUUUCGGGUGAUGUGGGGCAAUUGCUUAACUUAGUACAGAAAGUUGUAAUGCACGAACUCAUGCAAAUCAUUUCGUGAUGCAGCCCUUCACCAGUUACAGUGAACUUCACCUAACCCUAUUCUUAACACUAUCUCCAUGAUAUUGUCUUCCUCCAAACUGUGCAUUGCUGCCACUAAUAAUUCUUUGCCUGCAAAUUCUUCCUUUAAGUUUAAAUUCAUGUAAGUAUGAUUAUGGCUAAAUGCUGACUGGUGUUCACCAAUAACACCUGUUUUCUGAGCAAGGAGACGUGUGUCCUGCUUUUAAAAUGCUUAGCUGCUGAAACAAAGAAUAGAAAAUGGUUUCCCAAUCAGCCUAGUAUCUUCUUUUUUUAGACUACACAAUCCACUACAAAUGUUUUCUUGCAUAUAAUUCAUAAUCUUUUACAUCCAAGAUCAUUACUGUUUUUUUAACAGUAGGUGGUGCUAGAAAACACUUUGUGUCUUCUAGUGGUGGGAGGGAAAAUAUGUAAGGGAAAAUGGUGCCAGAUGUAUGUAUGUGGAUUGUAGCUAUGGGUUUUUCCCCACUCUUAAUAGACAUUAUCAAUUUUGUAUGCUGAUGGUUUCAUUAUGGUCAAUCUUCCAUUUGUAUGUAUCUGUAUGGAGACAAAAAUAUAUAAAGCAAUGGCUUGAGUUGAUUUAUAUUCUGUAGAUAUUUCUGUAUAAAUGAAGAGUCCAUCCUACAAGAUGUGGAUAUACAUUAUGUAUAUAUCGGACUUUGAAGUAAUAAAUAACACGAACAAAUGA